AUGGCUGUCAGGCCUGUCAAGCCCCCAGCGACCCCCAGCGACACCCCUCGCCGUCGCUCACACAGCGCUGCUCGCCCGUCCCCAUGCCACCCAUGCCGCCUCUCUCGACGCGUCUGCCUCUGCCUCUGCCUCUGCCUCUGCCUCUGCCUCUGCCCCCCCCUGCCACCGCCCGCCCUCGCUGCGUGCCCAGUGCUCGUCGCCGACAGCCCUACGUCCCUUGGCCGCUCGAGCCUGACGGAACUUCACGCGGCCCCGGGCACGAGUCUGUGUGCUGUCUCCAUCUCGGUCCCUGCGUGCGGCGUGCGUAUGCCUCUCUCCCAGGGCCCUGCCCGCAUCGAGCCUUCACAGCACCAUCAUCACGGCGUUGCUCGUCCGGCCUGCCUUUGCGGGGCCACCCUCGACGCAAGACGGCCUCCUCUCUGCUUGCCAGCCCGCCAGCCCGCCAGUCCGCCAGCCCGCCAGCCCGCGCCAGCCGUUGCCUCCACCUCCGCUAUGCUGCAUGCAGUGCUGCAACUGGGGGCCCCAAGUGCAAGCCAGAGCAGACGCAUCCAUCCACUGUGCCUCGCGCCGUCGUGGAUGCUGGGUGCUGGGUGCUGGGUGCUGGGUGCUGGGUGCAGCGGCACGCCCCACUUGCUCGUCUUCAGCCCCUCACCUGCCAUUGGCUGCUCCUCCACACAGCUCUGCGCUGCCUACGUAGGACGUUGUGCAUGUGCAAUCUCCAGACACCAGACCACUCACCGCGACUCGCCCGUCCCAAAAUGA